UAAUCAAAAUUUUUAAUUUCCUUUUUCCAGAAACCUCACAAACCCUUAGCCCCAGAGUUACGACAGAUAGUCAAUGUGCUGGAAGGAAAGAAAUUCCUUAAUUUCCAGGAUGCCUUUGAGACUUAUAAGUGUGUGAAUACCCCUUCCAUUGGAGAGACCAAAGCUAAGGGACUAUUUGAGAGCUAUCCCGAUGACUUCCUGAAGUUCACCGAAGGUCAUGUAACAAAGGUAUAUCCUCUGGGGACACGCACAGACUCUUCUAACUUGAAGCCAUAUCCUUUCUGGAGUGUUGGAUGCCAGAUUGUUGCCUUGAACAUGCAGACAGAGGACAAGGCCAAUUUCUACAAUGAUGCCCUUUUCAAGAGUAACGCCAACUGUGGUUAUGUUCUUAAGCCUGACAUUCUUCUUAAAAAGGAACCAUACAGUCCUUCAGAACUGUCUGAUAGGUACACUAAAGUCAUCCGUGUGACAGUUCUUAGUGGGCAGCACCUUCCAAACUCAGCCAAAAAAGGAGAUAUUGUGGAUCCUUAUGUACAAGUCAAGGUCCGCGGUCAUCCACUAGAUAAACAGAAGCAGCGAACUAAAGUAGUGAAAAAUAAUGGCUUUAAUCCAGUAUGGAAUGAGACUUUAGAAUUGCGUAUAAAAGUACCUUAUGUUUCUUUGAUAUACUUUUCACUACGUGAUGAGAGUUCACUGGCUCGAGAUCCUGUUCUUGCUUUGUGCUGUAUUCCAUUCAACUCUCUCACAACAGGCUAUAGAUUUGUCCAUUUAACUGACCUGGGAAGCAAGUCAUUAGCACCGUCUGCUCUCUUUGUUCAUAUUAGUAUUAGUGACAACUGAAAGAACUUGACAUCAACCACCAUAACUAAUCAGAAGCAAUAAGUCACUCUAGAAAGUGUUCCAGGAUUUAAUUACAUUAAGCUGUUGGUUCCACUCAGCAUUUCAUUGUAAUGGUAGCUAGAAAAUGUCACAUUUUGCUUCUUUAUCCCCAAGCCACAUCACAACUAAAUCUAGGCAGAUGAAAGCUUUUCAAAGAAAACUAAGAUUAGUGCAAAUUGUCCAUGAUUAGUGAAUUCAUUAAUAAUAAUUAAAUUAUAUGUUUACAAGGUCCAUGUAGCACAGCUACCAAAACUAUUAAUAUUUAAUGUGAACAAUGUCUGUUUACAUCCUAGGUGAAUAUGGCUUCAAUCCUGUUAAAAUGGAGCAUUGAUGAAAGUUGCUGUACUUAGGAUAUGAUAUUUGACUGGCUUUCAAAAUAUACCAGAGCUUAAACUGAAAUGAUGAGCAGUGUUCACUAGCUUGCCUUGGAAUAAUAAGGAUUUCCUCUCACUAUAAAGGUUUAGUAAUGCCUAAAUUGUAUUCACUCUUAUCUUGAUAAGAAUCCUAUAGGACUGUAAAGAAUUCUUGACAAUUUCUUUCUUUAAUAAUUUCAAAAUGCAGUGUACUAUAACAAAACCACUGACUAGCAAGGCCUUCAUUUUGUUGCCUGAAUUUUCUCCAGUAAAUAUAAUUAUUUUACAAAUUUGAUGCAGCUUAUAUAAAAAAGUUACAAGCUUAACUAUGUUCCCAUUAUGCCAGCCUAAAAUAAAAAUGCAAGUUAACACACAGCACAGUUGAAAAUAAAAUUGCAUGUAAAGUCAGUAAACUAUCACUAUAUGAUGUGAAGACUGCUACAGUUGAUGAAUGUAUAUUAACAUUUACUUCAAAUAUUCUGUCAUGUCUUAAACCCUCCCAACUUAAAACAAUGAAACACAAAGAGGUGUAUUUUUAGGGCUUUGAUAAGCUAAACUUAACAUAUAGCAGGUAAACUAUAUUUUCUUUUCUUGUACUAUCAUAUCAUUUUGGUAAUAUCAGCUAUAUUAGCUGUUAAAAGGCCUUUUAGUACUUUUUCAUAUGUAAAUGCAGUUUACAUCACAAUGAUAGCAGUGUUUGUUUUGAUAGUUUAGCAUAUUGAGGUUUUAAAGAUAUUGCCUAACAUUUGCAGCUUACAUUAAAUGGAUUUAGCCCAUGUAGGGAGAAAGUGUUUAGUACCACAGUUAUUUGUGUUGCAGAGUCCUCUUCCAGUAACAUGAAAUAUGUGUGCAUCCCAUUUUAGUUUAUUCUGUCACAUGGAAUUGAGAGUGGUAAGAACAUGUAUAAGUGGUACUGAAAACUAAUUUAUAUUUCUUAUGCAAUAGUAAUUUUCUUACCUGGCAUUUAUAAGAAGAUAGUGUUAAUGAUUUUAUGACAGCUUUUUUAUACAAAAUAAAUUUACAUAUAUAUAGAUGUCCGUUUUUUAAGCUGUGUGUUUGUAUGACUAUAACAUUAAUUGGUAGUUUCAUUUAUAUUUUCAUUUUAAAUUACAGUAAAGGUAAAAGUAAACAAAGUGACUUUAUUUGAAUAUUUCAUAUGAAUCAGUAAGCUGAAAUCAUUAGGUGCUCGUUAGCUGUGUUAAGAAACGGCAUUCACAAUACGAUUAGUUGUUUAUUUAGAUUGUGCUUGUUUGAUUUUCUGUUGAUGCAGCUUCUUAAUGCUUUACUGCAAGCUAUGUCCAGGCAGUGAAAGUUUGCUUACAUCCUCAUUGUGUAGCUUUUUGGUUGUGAAUUGUGAUAAUAUGUGAGGGCAGAUCUUGAAUGCAAUAGAAAAAAAUAACUAGCACCAUAAUUUUUCAUAUUGUCACCCCAAAAAUUUUAAUCUAGUUUAUAUUUUUGUUAAUAAACUUAUAACACUGUAUUUAAAGAGAGAGAGGGAGAGAAAAUAUGGAUUGUUUGAAGGUAACAAGAACUAAAAAGAAAUUUUAUUGUUAGAAUCAAAUGAUACAAAACCAUCAUGACUGUUUUGUUAUUUUAUAUCUAAAAUCAGAGAUUUACUUAGUCUUAAGUCAUAAGCAAAAUUUUGGAUUUUUUUUUAUAGCCAUGUACAGGUAAUUAAUGUCACUCAUGGAAGUGUGACUUUUUACCACAAAAAUAUGAACAUUCAUAUACACAUUUUCCACCAUUUUGCCUUGUAUUAUCUUCAUUGAAUAACUGUAUUUUGACAGUAGUAUGUUUGAUAGAUUUCCAGCAUUUUGUCACUAAUAGCACAGCAUCUAUAUUUGGGUAAUAUGUGUCAUUUGUCAUUUAAUUUAAUUGUUAAGUCAUUUGCUUUUUGUAAUUUCAAGAUAGGCUUUUGUUUUGUAUAGCAUGUUUAUUUACAAUCCAAAAUUUAGUAAUUUAAACAACCUAGAGAGAGAAUUAAAAAUAAAUUCAGAUUACUUAGUGUCUACAAUAACACUUGUUAAGGUGUAUUAGGUAUGCCAAUUUAUGCCAAAUACAUUGCUACGAGCAUUGGCCAUACUCAAAAAUAUUAUUACUGAAGCUAAUUCUGUGAUUCCCACCCUGUGAUUAUGUACAUUAAAACUGAAUAAGAUUUUUGCAUGGUACUUCACAUCAUCACAACUGAAAUUAUCUCAUAAAGGCUUAUUUUCUCAAAACUGCUCAUGCAUUUGUGCAAUUGAUAUCACUUAUGUUACUUAUAAAUAAAGUGUCGCUUAUUAAUCUUCAAUCUUAUCAUUGCGUGAACAUUUUUAUGUACUUUCUUCAACAGAAGGACCAUUACUAUAUAUAUAUUGUGAUGAAGGUGCUUUCAAUAUGGCUAUAUUGUAUAUAUACAAAAAUAAAAAAUUGUUUAGGCAUAUGACUGUGCUCUGUAGAUAGAGAGGAAUCUGAUAUCUAUUGUGAGAAAAUGAAAAGGGAAAUGCAUAUACAAUCUUGUUAAUUAUUAUAGAAUUUAUUUGAUUGUGUUCAAUAUCAGAUUUUAUUAAAUAUUAGGAGCUUU